CUCUCGAGCGCGCGCGCACACACACACACACACAAACGGACAAAGCGCCUGGUGGCGCGUAGAGGAAACCUGAAAGAAAGCGCAGCAGUGUCAGUGACAGUAAAGCCUCUGGUCGUCCCGGUCCUCCUCCAGUCCUCCAGCACCGACCCGUCGCCAUGUCUCUACCCACGGCGUCCCGUCUGUUCGGCCGCGCGCUGAGGACUCACCUGGUCCCCGUGGCCAACCUGACGUCCAAACCAGCCAAACACAAUGUCACUGCAGUGGAGCAGGCAAUAGCUCUGACAGCCAUGUUUGUGACCAUCCUGGGCCCCUCGGGCUGGAUCCUGGCUCACCUGGAGGACUACAAGAAGAAGGAGUAGAGGUCCCUGCUGAGGAUGAUGAUGAUGUCAGCUGACCAGUCAUCGCUCUCCUCCUCCCGGGCUGUGUCCCUCCUCUGCUGAUAAAUUGAACUUAUCACAUCUGUUGUGUGAUAAUGUUCAUCUGUGCACCUGUCAACCCUCAACUAAUAAAUACAUGUUCAAUAUAUAGAAA